ACCAUUGUAUACUCGUACACACAUCUCCUUCUGCUGCUGAACAAGGCUCCAGGCCUUUUCAGGCCCCCAAAACCGACAACAUGAUCCAACUAAAGACCAUGGUCAACGUGAUCGACAACUCCGGAGCCGCCGUCGCCGAAUGCAUCAAAGUCCUCAAACGCAAAACCCCGGCCCGAGUCGGCGACCGCAUAAUCGUCGUAGUACAAAAACAACGCAACUUUGGUCCAGAAUCCGCUGGAGGAGGCAGCGUCACCGUUUCCGCAGCCAACAAAGUCCGAAGAGGAGACAUUCGACACGCAGUCGUCGUGCGGACGAAGAAAGAAUUCGCGCGAAAAGACGGGAGCGUGGUGCGAUUUGAUGAUAAUGCUUGCGUGUUAAUCAAUAAGGGUGGGGAUCCGAUUGGAACGAGAUUGAACGGGAUUGUGGCGAGAGAGGUGAGGGAGAAGGGCUGGAGUAAGAUUUUGAGUUUGGCGCCGAUGCAUUUGUAGAGGGAGAAUGAGAAGAGAAGGAUAUGGGAUUGAGAUACUGGAUGGGACGAAGGGAGUGGACACGCGGUGGUAUUGAGGCCACCAGAGAAAAAAAAACUCUGCUCGAAAAACCUGCCAGCAGUCGAUGCUCGAUGAUGGCUCGAAAGAGUUGCGAUCGUGGCAGGUACCCGCGCAAACGCGUCGAGGAUUGAGGCAAGGCCGAAACCACAAAGGGCGAUAUGCUACUGUGUAUCUCAGCUGGUACACGAGACUCGCGCAGGGGACUCUAGGUGGAGGUCAAGUGUGUACGAUGAUCGGACAUGAUGAAGAAUUGUCUUGGGGACAAUAAGAGCUCACCACUCACAGCUGGUGGGAGCGAAAGUUCAAUGCAGAGGAAUUCACAGACAAAACGAAUUUACCACAACAGGACGCAAAUGAGCGAUCACGUCGAGUCGAACGGCAUGGAUGGACAGGAUGAACAAAUUUUCAGUUUCAU